AUGGAACUUGUCAAAGACCAUGCACCUAAAAAGUCUACUUUGUGCUUAAUUCGGCCCCAUCCACAUUAUGAAAAUGAUCAGUUUAGAGAAGUUUCACAGAAUGCUUUCCCAGGGCUUUACAAGAUUGAAGAGGGCAGCAACUCAGAUAAAUCCACAGGAAUCCCCAGGAACUUUGGUGUGACUAGCCCUUCUUCACUUUCCAGUCCAAGCAGCACGAAUUCUGAUGGAUUAGGAUAUCAACAAGGCAUAAAAACUCUACCUGAGGAUGGGAAUUCUGUGAUCAACUUCAGAGGUGUUUAUGGUGACUUCGCAAAUGCGGGUGGAUCUUUGCUCAGUUUUGAUCAUUCUCAGAACUCUUUUCCCAGAAUAAUUACUACCCAAGAUGAUUACUCAGUUUGGGAAGACAAUUUGCACUUCAAUUACCAGAACCAGCUGAAUAAUGCAAGGUGCAGUACCCCGAAUCCCCGGCUGUUGGAGAAUUCCAACAAUAACCAAUCCUCCAGCAGCUAUGCAUCCACAAGUAAUGGGGUCCCAUUUGGAUGGCAUAGCACAGAAGUCAAUGCAAAUGCCAGCAAGAAUAAUAGCAUCCAGGAUCUUGGAAGACAAGAGGCUUGCACGAGUGCUAAACGUCCCUAUACGGAAGAGAGCACACAAGCAUUGAAGAAGCAGUGCGCAUCUGUUACAAAGACUACGGCCCUCAAAUCAAAGUCAACCCCAUCAAAGGACCCACAAAGCGUUGCAGCCAAGAAUCGGAGAGAACGUAUUAGCGAGAGGCUCAAGAUACUACAAGAUCUUGUCCCAAAUGGCUCCAAGGUUGAUUUAGUAACCAUGUUAGAAAAGGCAAUCAGUUAUGUCAAGUUUCUUCAGUUGCAAGUGAAGGUUUUGGCUACAGAUGAGUUUUGGCCAGCUCAAGGUGCAAAAGCUCCCGACCUUUCUCAAGUAAAAGAAGCCAUAGACGCCAUCCUUGCAUCUCAAAGAGACAGGAACUCGAGCUCAUCAAAGUGAUAUAUAGUAGAAUCUUCAAAUUGAUUGAGGAGAAGAAGAUGAAGAAGAAAAAGCAACUAUAGAUUUGAAGAAUAAC